CACUGAUGAAUGCUAGGCAGGUGAGGGGAGUUGAAUUGCACUAGUAUCUUAUUCUGUUCUGUCCUUCCAGCUGACCGAUUUGGGGAGAGUUGUUCCAGUGCGUGUUCUCAUCGUUCCCCUGACCGGCCAAACAACCACCUGUACUGACUGGCCACUUUAUAAGCUCUCCGCCCUCUUGACCUGAACCCUUCCCUAUUACGUCCAUUCGCCCUCACUGCCUGAUCACCAUGGCGUCCUUUCUCGAGAAUACAUACAGUUUGGUCCACCUGGACAACACUGCGGACCAGCCCUCCCAGCAGGAGCUGAAGCUGCAGUUGGAGAAGGGUACCGAUGAGACCAAGAUGGAGACAAUGAGGCGGAUCAUCACGAUCAUGCUCAAUGGAGACCCCAUGCCUCAACUACUCAUGCAUAUUAUCCGCUUCGUCAUGCCCUCCAAGAGCAAGCCGCUCAAGAAACUGCUCUACUUCUACUAUGAGAUCUGCCCCAAGCUCGACGCGAGCGGCAAACUCAAGCAAGAGAUGAUCCUGGUUUGCAAUGGUAUCCGUAACGAUCUCCAGCAUCCCAACGAGUACAUUCGAGGAAACACCCUGCGAUUCUUGUGCAAGCUCCGCGAGCCGGAACUCAUUGAGCCCCUCCUUUCCUCCGCCCGCUCCUGCUUGGACCACCGCCACGCAUAUGUGAGGAAGAAUGCAGUCUGGGCUGUCGCUUCCAUCUUCCAACACUCCGAGUCUCUCAUCCCCGAUGCCCCGGAACUUAUCCAGACAUUCCUCGACACGGAGACCGAUGGCACCUGCAAGCGCAAUGCAUUCGCGGCUCUCAUGUCCAUCAGCCACCAGAAGGCUACGGAGUACCUGGGCUCUACCUUCGACAGCAUCCCCAACACAGACGAACUACUCCAAUUGGUUGAGCUCGAAUUCAUUAGGAAGGAUGCGGUGCAGAACGCGCAGAACAAGGCGCGUUAUCUACGGUUGAUCUUCGAUCUCCUUGAUGCGUCCACGAGCACUGUCAUCUACGAGGCUGCGACAUCCCUGACGGCACUCACCAGCAACCCCGUGGCUGUGAAGGCUGCAGCCAGCAAGCUCAUCGAACUCUGCAUCCGCGAGGCCGACAACAAUGUCAAGCUCAUCGUCCUCGACCGAGUCGACCAGCUGCGCAUUCGCAAUGAGGGUGUUCUGGAUGAUCUCACUAUGGAGAUUCUGCGUGUUCUCUCUAGCCCCGACAUUGAUGUUCGUCGCAAGGCCCUUGGCAUUGCCCUGGAAAUGGUUUCAAGCAAGAACGUGGAAGAGAUCGUCAUGCUACUCAAGAAGGAGCUUGCGAAGACCGUUGAUGAGCAGUAUGAGAAGAACAGCGAAUACCGUCAAUUGUUGAUCCAGUCGAUACACAACUGCGCCAUCAAGUUCUCUGAGAUCGCCGCCAGCGUCGUUGACCUCCUUAUGGACUUUAUCGGUGACUUUAACAACAACUCGGCCGUCGAUGUGAUCUCAUUUGUCAAGGAGGUCGUCGAAAAGUUCCCUGCGCUCAGAAGUUCCAUUGUCGAGCGCUUGGUUUCUACUUUGAGUGAGGUCCGUGCCGGAAAGGUCUACCGUGGUGUCCUGUGGGUUGUCGGAGAAUACUCUUUGGAAGAGCGGGAUAUUCGCGAGGCCUGGAAGAGAAUUAGAGCCAGUCUCGGCGAGAUCCCCAUCCUUGCCUCCGAACAGCGACUCCUCGACGAAGUCCCAGAAGAUGCCGCGCUCAAGGAGCAGGUGAACGGUCACUCCAAGCCCUCAGCCCCCACCGGAUCACGAAAGGUGCUCGCCGACGGCACCUAUGCGACUGAGAAUGCUCUGACCAGCCAGUCUGCCGCCGCUGCCCGUCUCGAAGCUGUCAAGGCUGCCCAGAAGCCCCCUCUUCGUCAGCUGAUCCUGGAUGGCAACUACUACCUGGCUACUGUUCUGUCUUCCACUCUUACCAAGCUGGUGAUGCGCCACUCGGAGGUGUCUCAGGAUGUCGCUCGGACCAACGCCCUGCGUGCGGAGGCCAUGUUGAUCAUGAUCUCCAUCAUCCGUGUCGGUCAGUCCCACUUCGUGAAGGCUCCUAUCGAUGAGGAUUCCGUGGAUCGUGUCAUGUGCUGUGUGCGGUCACUUGCGGAGUUCUCCCAGAAGAAGGAGCUGGAGACCACCUUCCUUGAAGACACUCGGACCGCGUUCCGCGCCAUGGUCCAGGUCGAGGAUAAGAAGAGGGCCGCCAAGGAGGCCGUCGAGAAGGCUAAGACCGCCGUGCAAGUCGACGAUGUUAUCCCCAUCCGGCAAUUCACGAAGAAGACGGCCAUUGAGGGCGCUGAGGAGAUUGAGUUGGAUCUGGCCAAGGCCACCGGCGGCGAUUCCACUGUGGAGACGGUGUCCUCGAAGCUGAGCCGGGUUGUCCAGCUUACCGGCUUCUCGGACCCCGUCUACGCGGAGGCCUAUGUCACCGUCCACCAGUUCGACAUUGUUCUCGAUGUGCUCCUCGUCAACCAGACCCUGGAGACUCUCCAGAACCUCAGCGUCGAGUUCGCGACCCUCGGAGACCUGAAGGUUGUGGAGCGGCCGACCACGCAUAACCUCGGACCUCGCGACUUCUUGAAUGUGCAGGCUACAGUCAAGGUGUCAUCGACGGACACGGGUGUGAUCUUCGGUAACAUUGUAUACGACGGGGCCAGCUCGACGGAGUCGCACGUUGUGAUCUUGAACGACAUCCAUGCCGACAUCAUGGACUACAUCCAGCCUGCCCAUUGCACGGAGACGCAGUUCCGGACGAUGUGGACCGAGUUCGAGUGGGAGAACAAGGUCAACAUUAACUCCAAGGCGAAGACCCUGCGCGAGUUCCUCAAGCAGCUGAUGGACAGCACCAACAUGGCAUGCUUGACACCCGAGGCGUCCCUCAAGGGUGACUGUCGGUUCCUGAGUGCCAAUCUAUAUGCCCGGAGCGUUUUUGGCGAGGAUGCGCUUGCAAACCUGAGCAUCGAGAAAGAGGGAGACGACGGCCCGGUCACCGGCUUUGUGCGGAUAAGAAGCCGCUCCCAGGGACUAGCGUUGAGCCUGGGGUCGCUGAAGGGCCUCAAGGCGACGGCCGCAUGAAUAGAGCAACCCGUUUGAACCGUAUUUGAAUAGCCACUACCCUUAUUGUUACAUGAUCCUCCCGUUCUUCUUCGAUCUGCGCUUCUUACCUCUUCUGUGUUCUUCUAAUGGACGAAUUUGUUGACUAUAUGCACCUCUUACUGUGUUGUUCUGGAUGAGAAAAGACGCUAUUUUCCCCAAUGAAAGAAUCAAUUCGAAAGCCUUCUUCCUGUAUGUAUAGGUAUGUAUAUGUAUGUAUGUAUGUAUUAUCAUGGCAAUUCCACAGACGGCCACGGC